CGCUCCUUUCAUACAAAUAUCGGACUCGAUUCGGCUACCGCGCACUCUUGCGUAUUCCUUUGCGGCGAAAGUAUCCGUAAAUGAAACAGUUUAGUUUUUAAUUUUUUUUAAUUACCUUUUUUAAUAGAACCGUAUACUUGGUUUUUAAGAUGCGAGUGUUGCUAGUUGUCGCGUUUUGUGUCAUCGGCGCUUACGGGAAAGUUUUGCCUGAUUAUUUCCCUCAAUGCAAGAAAAACGAUCCGCAAAUAGAGAAAUGUAUCAUAGACGCGAUAGACGUCCUAAGACCUAAAUUACUGGGUGGUAUUCCGGAGAUCAAUGUGCCAGCCCUGGAGCCUUUCAAUGUACCAACCUUGAAACUAGACAGGACAGCUACCAACCUUAAGUUAAAAGCGACGAUUAAGAACAUGAAGGCUUACGGCGGAAGCAACUUUAAGAUUGAAAAGUUUAAUUUGAACCUAAACAACAAGUAUCUUGGUGAGAUGAAGAUAGUUCUACCCAAACUGACAGUAACUGCAGAUUAUGACGUUCGUGGCUCCAAGAUACUGACCUUGGACAUCAGCGGCAAAGGGAAACUUAGGAGCAAUUUUACUGGAAUCACAGUGGUGGUGAAGGGAGCAGCGAAGGCAGUAGAGAGGGAUGGUGUGGAGUACUUGCAGGCAGAGAAGAUCAUCACCAAGCUAAAAAUUGGACAUGGCCAGCUUGCUGUGGACGACACUGAGAGACCAGUUGCUGCAACAUCAGCAGCCGCAUUCUUCAAUGCCAGCCCCGGCGUGGUGUUGGAUAUUCUGAACCCACUCAUUGAAGAGAGCAGUGCCGCCAUAUUUAAGGCUUUCUUCAAUAAAAUCCUUUCAACUAUUCCACUUAAGGAAAUUUUGGUGGAUGACUUUUUGUUGGUUGUGAGUGUGAGUUAUGUUGUAGCGAAACGAUUGCCGCAAAAUGAAACAGUCAACGCUUCGAAUAUUGAAGAAAUGGCCCAAAAGCCAGUAUGCCACUACACUGACCCUAACGUCGGAGAGUGCAUCAAGCGAGUAGCAGAGCAAGCCAGAGCGCUACUCGCCCACGGCAUCCCCUCAUUCGGCAUCCAGCCCCUUGAGCCCUUGAAGGUACCGAGCAUACGGCUCAGGCAGCAUAACAUGCCGCAAAACAGGUUCAAAUAUGAUGCCUGGCUCUCGGACUUGGAGUUGGAUGGACUGACUAAUUACACGUUUAAUAAAUUGGAUGUAUACCCAGAAGAUUUAAAGGUGUCUGGAAACAUCAGCUUACCACAAUUGGUUAUGUCAGGAGAAUACGUUAUCAUUGGAGAAUUCCAAAUGCUACCUGUCGAGUCCACGGGCUUCAUUUCUGCUAAUUUUACUCAAUGUACCGCAGCUCUUGACGCUGUUGGUGCGAAAGUUCACAAGAGAAUAGUAAUCAAAGACGCUAAUGUGAAAUUGCGUUGCGCUGGGCCUUUGGAUGCAAGUCUUAAAGAGGCUCAUUCAACUACCGGAGAAAUGGAAAUGGUGACAAAACACAUAGUCCACAUGCACGCAAGUGAAUUGGCCAAAGAAGUUCAACCAGCCGUGGAGACAGCUCUCAGCAUGGUUCUAGAAGACAUAGCCAACAAAUUCCUGAAGCAUUUAAAAUACCUUACAGUAAAGAUGUGGUGUGGUUUAGGAAUAUGUUUAUUUAUUUUAGCUUCAGCUUCGUGUGAUGAAAAGAGCUAUGUGAAUUUUGGUGGAUUCAUUUGUCCAAAAGAAGAAAAAGCCUUAGGACGAUGUCUUCGAGAUGCAUUGAAUAAAUAUAUUCCGCAGCUUGCCUCAGGAAUACCCAAAUAUAAAAUCCCACCAUGUGAGCCACUAAUAAUAAAGACGCUCUCCGUGAAGCAGCACUCUGGACCCAUUUCUAUAAGGUCUUCAUUUAGAGAUGUAUCUGUGAGAGGCCCUUCUACUAUGCGUUUGACGGAUGUUGAGGUACAUUCCAAAAAACAUGAAAUAGUAGCAAAACUACACAUACCAGAAUUGAGAAUGAAAGGCCAUUAUGAUCUUAAGGGACACUUACUUAUGUUACCAGUGGAAGGGGAUGGUGAAUUUACUUCUAAAUAUCGUGAUAUCAAUGCAACCGUCACAAUUCAUUUGGCUAGAAACAAAACCUCCAGCGGACCUGACACACUGUUAUGUAAGGAUCUGAAAGUGAAAUUCCAUGUAGCUCAUGCAUCUAUGAAUAUGGAGCAUCUGUUCGGAGGCGAUAGUGAAUUGGGAGCCGCCAUGAAUAAAUUCUUGAACGAAAACUGGGAUAAGUUGUCUGAAGAGCUUCAAGAGCCGAUAGAAGAGGCUUUAAGGGAAUUUCUGAAACCAUUAGCUGAACAUGCGUUUGCUGCACUUAACGCAGAUGAUAUAUUAUUUUAAUAAUAAUCAAUUUCACUAACCUAUUUAUUAUUAUUGUUUACUUAAAAACGUACUUUAUAAUUUAUGAGAU